AUGGCUAACACCCGGCUCUGGGCCCGGGCCGCUCUGCUGGGCGCCCUGCUGGGGCUGGUGCAGGGGGGCCGGCAGCUGGGCAAACUGGCCGAGAAGAAGCUGUGUGCGGACGCCGACUGCAGCCAUCCGAUCUCCAUUGCGGUGGCUGUGCAGGAUUACAUCGCCCCCGACUGCCGCUUCGUCCCCAUCCAGCGCGGGCAGGUCGUCUACGUCUUCUCCAAGCUGAAGGGCCGUGGGCGGCUGUUCUGGGGCGGCAGCGUGCAGGGGGAUUAUUACGGGGAGCACCCCGCCCGCCUGGGCUUCUUCCCCAGCAGCGUAGUCCAGGAGAACCAGUACCUCAAGCCGGGGAAGGUGGAGGUCAAAACCGAUCAAUGGGAUUUCUCCUGCCAGUGA